AUGUCGUCGUCGGUCCACGAGCCGCUGCUUCAAAACGAGGACGGGGAUGCGUACAAAGGCCCCCGGCGCUUGGGACCCUUAGAGAUUACAAGAUCCACACGCUAUGCCAUUUUGGCCGGGAUCUGGACAGCGACUUUCCUCUCGUCGUUGAAUGGUAAGCCCAUGGUCUACUGCUUCUCUAUGAUUGCUGGUGCAUAG